AUGCACGCACUCCACCGGCUAGUUCCCACUGCCAUGAUCUCCGCCGCCUCUACGCUGUCAUCACCGGCUCUGGUAGCUGUUAGAAACCCUAGAUUCUCAAUAUCUCGCAAUCCAAUACUUCCCAAUGCAAUUAACUUCACGAACCAGCUUUCUCUCUCCCCCCGCUUCCCCAAUGCUUCCGUUCGGUGCUUCGCCGCCGCCGCCGCCGCCGGAAAAGUCCACGUUCAGAACCCUAUCGUCGAAAUGGAUGGUGAUGAAAUGACGCGAGUUAUAUGGAGUAUGAUUAAAGAGAAGUUGAUAUUUCCGUAUCUGGAACUGGAUAUAAAGUAUUUUGAUCUGGGAAUACUAAAUCGCGAUGCAACUGAUGAUAAAGUAACUGUAGAAAGCGCGGAAGCAGCCCUUGAGUACAAUGUUGCCAUAAAAUGUGCUACAAUUACCCCAGAUGAGGCUCGGGUGAAGGAAUUUGGACUAAAAGCUAUGUGGAGAAGUCCCAACGGCACAAUAAGAAACAUUUUAAAUGGAACUGUCUUCCGCGAGCCUAUCUUAUGCCAAAAUAUUCCCAGAAUUGUUCCUGGCUGGAAAAAACCGAUUUGUAUUGGCAGACAUGCAUUUGGUGACCAAUAUCGUGCCACUGACAGAAUAAUACAAGGACCUGGAAAGCUUAAAAUGAUUUUUGCUCCAGAAAAUGGUGAUGAACCCUUGGAACUGGAUGUGUAUGAUUUUAAAGGUCCUGGUGUGGCCCUUGCUAUGUAUAAUGUUGAUCAGUCUAUUCGAGCGUUUGCGGAAUCAUCAAUGGCAAUGGCGUUUGGGAAGAAGUGGCCUCUCUAUUUGAGUACAAAAAAUACCAUUCUUAAGAAAUACGAUGGCAGGUUUAAGGACAUAUUUCAGGAGGUGUAUGAAGAAAAAUGGAAGGACAAAUUUGAAGAACACUCCAUAUGGUAUGAGCAUCGGUUGAUUGAUGACAUGGUUGCCUAUGCCGUGAAAAGUGAAGGUGGAUAUGUCUGGGCUUGUAAAAACUACGAUGGAGAUGUCCAGAGUGAUUUACUUGCUCAAGGAUUUGGUUCUCUUGGGCUCAUGACUUCUGUUUUGUUGUCUGGUGAUGGUAAAACAUUAGAAGCUGAGGCAGCUCAUGGUACUGUGACCCGUCAUUUUAGGCUGCAUCAAAAAGGACAAGAAACCAGCACCAAUAGUAUUGCUUCCAUCUUUGCUUGGACACGCGGAUUAGAACAUAGGGUGUCGAGAGAGUUCUAUUUGAACACUGCAGAAUUCAUUGAUGCUGUGGCGUUUAAUCUUCAGUCAAAGCUUCGUUCUCCAGCUUUUGUUUGA